AUGUCAACAACUACACAAGAACACAUCAUGGCCGGAAACCUCUUGUUUGCUUUGAAGGUCGGUAUAGUUGGAAAUAAUUGUAUUGUCAUUGCUGCCGAAAAAUUUUUUGAAAAUCAAAACACUAUUUGUUCACUGGAUGGUAAAAUCACUGUCGCCUGGUCAGGAUACUCAUCCGAUUCAUUGAUGAUUGUUGACAAAGCUAAGAUGUAUACUAACAGCGUACAUGGACUAAAUUCACCAGGCGAUAGAGUCGCAGAAUUUUUAAUUGAUCCUGAAAUCAGAGUACUCAAUAAUCUACCAACUUUGCCAUACACUGAAUCAUUCAUGGUUGCUUCUUGUGAUAAUAAUGGACGAAAUUUAUAUGUCACUGACACAUAUGGUACCAUAUCACAUGUUCUUGCUAGUGCAGUAGGAAGAAAAAGUGAUCUGGUAACAAAUUUUUUGGCUGAAAAUUAUUCAGCUGCUAACAAAAGUAUUUUAGGAACCAUAGAGUUUGCAUUGAAGACAUUGUGCGUAAUCAGUGAACCAGACUCUAAGUUUAUUGAUGUUUCGGUUACAGCAUUUAAUAGACCAUUCGAAUUAAGUUGUUGA